UCCCACAACCACCAGAGACUAGAGCUUCUAGCCAACUAUUUUUGAUAAUCUAAAUGAGCGUCAGUGUCAGUCGGUCAGUGGACUUUGCGGGACAGUCUCCCACCACUAUGAUACCAGAGAUGAGCCCAGUGAGAGUUGUCGUCUGCAAGGUGCAGGAGCUUGACGGACUGGUGACUGGAGGUGCAGCUCUACGUGGAGAAGAGCAGAGGGGAAGGUUCUGGCUCUAAAUGCCGACGGCGUGAUAGGCACUGCUCACUGUAGUGUAGCAGUGAUCCAGAGUUUUCUCCUCUCUGAUCGGACAUUUAAUAAACCGUCUGUAUUUGGGGAGUUUGGGGCAAAGAUUUAAUUUUUUACAGUAGCCAAGAACAGUAAAUUAAGGAGUCCAGGUUUGUCCGCUCCACUCACACAGUAUCUUGUCAGAUUGAGCGUCCUGCACGUUGGCCUGCGGUGAAAUGUCAACACCGACCAGGGAGCGUAGAAGGGCUUACACAUUAUGAAAAAUGAUACCAGAUCCGAAGAACAGUGCUGUUCAAUCACACUGUUGCACCAACCACUGCUGAUGUAGAAGCAGUCAACGGCCUGAACAUAGUAGAGCUUACCUUUGACCAGGACACUGAUAAACAUUUUUCAACAUUUUCUGACAUUUUAUAGACCAAAAAACUAAUAGAUUAAUCAAGAAAAUGAUAGAUUGUGAAAAUAAUUGUUAGUUCCAGUGCUAGGAUGCUUAUUAGUUUAGUAUGGUUGCUCAGGAUGAUUGUUUAGCUGUUGCGUGGUGCGUUGAGCAGCAAGGUGCUGGUGAUAGGAACACGUUGUUAGGUGGUUGUUAUUACAGUAUCUAUUGUGGCGUUCACUAAUUAAUUAUAUUUAAAUUCGACACCAUACAGUGAUAUUUUGGAACUUUGUGGCAACAGUAUUUUUGCCCACAACACAAAGCUGCUUCAUAAAAAAAUAGGUUUCCCCAGUUGGGUGAUGAAGAACUUGACUGGCCUGUACAAAGUUCUGACCUCAACUUCAUCCAUCUUUGAGAUGAACUGGACUGUGAGCCCGAUCUGGCAGUGCUGGACCUCACUGAAACCUCUGGUGUCUGAAUGAGAACAAAUCCCUGCAGCUGGUUCAACAUCUGGUAAAAGCUUGAAACCAGCAGUGUGGAGACUGUUGGAGCAGCAGAUUGAUGAACCACACAUGGGUGUAAUGAUGCUCCAGUGUCCACAAACUUUUCAAGUACAGUCCAUUUCCCCCACAGCCUGGUCUGACAGGAAAAGGGCCAGCAGACCUCGGAGACUCCUAACCCUCAGGAUCUGCAUCCUGGAGGACUCGCAGGCCGUGCUCUCAAAAAGCGUGUUUCAGAAAUGUCCGGUUCAGGAGCUGCAGUGUCCUAGUAGCCUGCAGGAGGCGGACUUCCUGGACCUACUGAGGUCCACCUUCCCUCAGCUGGCUGCUCAGAAACAGUUUGACUUCUUCACAUCCGACAGGAGCAGGAGGCUCCUUCCUCUGAGAGUAAAGACGCUGACACCAGUGGAGAUCUACAAGGGCAUCAGGCUCACUGGAGCAGGACACUCAGCCCUCUACAUCCGACUGGAGAGAAGUGAUGAUUCUCCAUCCAGCUCUGCCACCACGUCAGCUGGUCAAAGCCAAAUGAACCCCAGGUUAUCGUCUCCCAGAGAUUUGUCUCACCAGGCGGUAGAGGCUGAGGAGGAGGAAGAGGUAGAACUCCACCUUUUAAAGAGAAACCACGGUACCACCACCGAUAUUACGUCCACUCCCGCCGUGGUGAUAAAAAGCGAUGAAGCCGGGCUCAGCCCAAGGUCAUUUUUCUUCAGAGGCCAGUCUGACAGGAAAGGGCCCGGUAGACCUCGGGCCAUUGACAAACAGAAGCACCUGGAUCUCAGGAUCUGCAUCCUGGAGGACUCACAGACCGAUGUGCUCUCGAAAACCGUGUUUAAGAAAUGUCCGGUGCAGGAGCUGCAGUGUCCUCUGGGCCUGCAGGAAGCGGACUUCCUGGACCUACUGAGGUCCACCUUCCCUCAGCUGGCUGCUCAGAAACAUUUUGACUUCUUCACAUCUGACAAGAGCAGGAGGCUCCAUCCUCUGAGAGUAAAGACGCUGACACCAGAAGAGAUCUACAGCGGCAUCAGGCUCACUGGAGCAGGACACUCAGCCCUCUAUAUACGACUGAAGGGAACAACCCUGUUACAGACCGGAGAGGAUCCUCAGAGCAGCAGGGAAGACCUUCAUCCUGUAGAGAGGCCAGAUGAUUCUCCAUCCAGCUCUGCCUCCACAUCAGCUGAUCAAACCCAAAUACACCCCAGGUUAUCGUCUCCCGGAGAUUCGUCUGUGAGGAGGAAGCCUGGCAGACCAAGCCUUCACGGAGGAACCAAUCACCACCUGCUCAGAGUCUGCGUACUGGAGGAUUUGCAGUCAGAUGUUCUUUCACAAAACGUGUUUCAGAAAUGUCCUGUUCAGGAGCUGCAGUGUCCUCGUGGCCUACAGGAGGCGGACUUUCUGGACCUGCUGAGGUCCACCUUCCCUCAGCUGGCAGGACACAACAAACCUUUUAACGUCUUCAAGUCCGACAGGAGCAAGAGGCUCCAGCCGCUCGAAGUAAAGACGCUGACACCAGAGGAGAUCUUCAGGAGCAUCAGGCUCACCGGAGCAGGAUACUCCGCCCUCUACAUCCGACUGAAGACAGGAGAGGAGGAGGAGCUUCACCUUUUACAGAGAGGCGCCGCCUCCACUGAUUUUCCAUCCACCGUCCAAAGCGAUGAGGCCGGGCUCAGCUCAAGCUGCUCUGUUCAGCAUGUGGAAGGUGACAAAGUGGAUGUUCAGUCCAGCAGCUCAACAUCACAACAACAGGACAUGGAAACGGAGGAAGCUGAUGAUGAAGAUGCUGCUGAGAGCCAAGUGGACUCCAGUGAUGACGAAGACAAAGAUGGAGAUGAGGCGUUCAACGGAGACGACGACUGGAAACCAGAUCCUGAUCUGCAGUCGCCAAAAAAGAGGAAGAAGCUAGAGUCCAAUUUGUCUGGUGUGAAGGGGCAGUUGAUUGGGAGCAGUAAAACGCCCUGUAAAGUCUGUGGACUUUUGUACCGGAACUUGGGCAGUUUGAUCAAACACGCCUGGAGUCACGUUGAGAAAUCACAGCUUGUUUGUGGAGUGUGUGGAGAGAAGUUUGAAUCUGUAGAAGAGUUAAAGGGACAUCUUAGAAAUUAUCAAAAAAGUCACGACUGUUCAUAUUGUGGGAAAUCUUUCCUCACCAAAACUAGCCUCAACUCCCACACCACUCUACACACAGGAGACAGACCGUUUAAAUGUGACGUUUGCCACAAAACCUUUGGACGAUUGUCAACUUUGUGUGCUCACCGUUGGGUCCACGUGGCUGAUAAACCACACAAGUGUGAUAUUUGCCCGAAGGCGUUUGGUCUAAAGACGCAGCUCAAAGCUCACAGCAUGAUACACACAGGUAGAGACAAGUACCACUGCAAUGUUUGUGGUAAAUCUGUCUACGACCGGCGAUCUUUAACUCGCCACAAGGCGACCCACUCGGUAGAGAGACGUUACGGCUGUGAGCUUUGUGGGAAGCGUUUCAAAGGUCCCGCUGGGUUGAAGUCGCAUGAGAAGGUCCAUGCCUCCAGAGACCGGCCGUACCUCUGCCACAUCUGCUGCAAGACGUUUGUGGAAAAGAGCAGUUUAAAAACUCACAUGCUAACGCACAGCAACGAGAGGCCGUUCAUCUGCAGCAUAUGUAGCAAAGGCUUCAAAUCCAGCGCAAAGCUGAACGUGCACAUGCGUGUGCACACCGACGAGGCGCCGUACAGCUGCUCAGAGUGCGGCCGCUGUUUUAAACACAAGACUUACCUGACCAACCACGUUAGGACCCACCUGGGCAUCAAGCGGUUUGUCUGUGGAGUUUGUGGGAAAGCGUGCUUUCGCCAAGACCACCUGAAGGUCCACAUGAGGACCCACAACGGAGAGAAACCUUACAAGUGCACCGUCUGCGACAAAGCUUUCACUCAGAGCCACUGUCUGAAAACACACAAGAAGAGCCACCAAGGAGAAGAAAACCUGUUCCUGAACGCAUCCACCUCCUAAAAAACUCCUUUUAUCAACCUGUUCUGUCUAAAAAGUGGUGAUGGAGGUUGUUUUGAUGGCAUUGAAAACCACAUCUAUCCUUCAUUCUUUUGUGAUACUGACAGAAAUGUGUCCACAACACAGAAAACUAACUUCUGCUUGGACUUGUAAACAUUAUCAUUCUUUGAACACACAAUUAUACACACAUUUUACAUAUAGAACAAAACUUUCCCCUUCCUACUUUACCUGGUUCAGCCCUCUGCCUCCCCUUCUGAAAUCAGCUUGUAUGUGACUUUGACGUCAGCAAGGACACAAGUUUCUUAAUAAACUUAACAAAUAGA